GCAAGUCUCUCUGCUCCCUGUUUUUUUUAUCCCCUUCUCUUUCCGCUACGCGUCGGAGCGCUUCAUCUUCCGGCACUGCUGUCUUCAUACUUUCUCUCUAUCGGUGUUUACUCUCCUCUCCCCCUCCCUGCGAGACCGCCAUCAACUCCUCUCGCCCCCCUCUCCGUGUUGUUUACUCAGUGCACCUUAGCCCGUCUUGUUCUGUUCUCAUAUGUAUCGCUUUUCCAUGCUGUUGCGGGGCCGGCGCGUCCCCAAGGCCGUCCACAUGAACCCGUACGUGGUGCGUGCGGAGUACGCCGUCCGCGGCCUCAUCCCUGCCCGCGCGGAUGAGAUCAAGAAGGAGAUUGCGGAGGGCAAGGGUGCCCACCCCUUCACGAGCCUCGUGUACUGCAACAUCGGCAACCCGCAGUCGCUGGGCCAGAAGCCGCUCACCUUCAACCGCCACGUGCUGUCGCUGGUCGACGCGCCUUUCCUGCUGGAGGACGAGGCGCUUGUGGCGCGCUUCCCGGCGGACGCGGUGGCGCGCGCGAAGGAGUAUCUGAGCCACAUCGGCACGGCCACGGGCGCCUACACAGACUCCUUCGGGUACGACUUUGCCCGAGAGGCGGUGGCGGCGCACAUCAACGAGCGCGAUCACCACGUGCAGCCCGAGGCGACGCUCGACGCGAUCUGCCUGACGGACGGCGCGAGCAGCGGCGUGAAGGUGUUUAUGCAGCUUCUGAUCGGAGGCACCGGCGACGGCGUGAUGCUGCCGAUCCCGCAGUACCCGCUGUACACGGCGCAGCUGGCGCUGCUGGGCGGCACCCUCGCCCCGUACUACCUGCGUGAGAAGGACGGGUGGGCGAUGCAGGCGGAUGACCUGGCCGCUGCUUAUGAGCAGUGCGAGCUGGAGCACGGUGCGACGCCGCGCCUGCUGGUGUGCAUCAACCCCGGCAACCCGACCGGCGGCGUGCUGGACCGCAAGGUGAUGGAGGACGUGGUGAGGUUCUGCUACGACUACAAUGUGCUGCUGCUGGCGGACGAGGUGUACCAGGAGAACAUCUACGCCGCGGACCGCAAGUUUGUGAGCUUCCGCGAGGUGGUACUGUCGAUGCCUGCGCCGUACAGCACGGGCACGAUGCUCGUCUCGCUGCACUCCACGUCGAAGGGCAUCAUCGGCGAGUGCGGGCGCCGCGGCGGGUACUUCUGCAUGACGAACCUGCCGUCCCCGAUGCGGGAGCAGGUGACGAAGAUGUGCUCCAUCAACCUGUGCGCCAACGUAAGCGGGCAGAUCAUGACGGCGCUGAUGAGCACGCCGCCGCAGAAGGGUGACGCGAGCUACGAGUCGUACUGGGCGGAGUACAACGGCAUCUUCUCGAGCUUGAAGGAGCGCGCUGCCCUGCUGGCGCGUGAGCUGAACACUAUUCGCGGGAUGUCCUGCCAGCUUGUGCAGGGUGCGAUGUACGCCUUCCCUCAGAUCACGCUGCCGGCCCGGUACGCGGAGUACAACGAGGCGCAGAACAAGAAGGAGGGCCGCAAGCUGGCGCUGGACGCGCGGUGGUCGCUGGAGCUGCUGGAGGCCACCGGUAUUGUGGUGGUGCCCGGGUCCGGCUUCGGGCAGGAGCCGAACACCCUUCACUUCCGCACGACGAUACUGCCGCCGACGGCGCAGAUGGAGCGCAUGGUGGCUGCCAUUCGCGACUUCCAGGAGAAGGUGUACAAGGACUACGCGUAG